CAGCAUAUGGAAUUUUCGAUCGAAGAUAUUCUCGACAUGCAUCGACAUUGGAUCACUAAACUUUAUGUCGAGGAUGGGAAGACUGAUGUGGAGAUCGUUGGCCUGCUUCGUGAACGAGGUUUCAUCGUCACGUGGGUGUCACCAUCAGCUUUUCUUUCAUCGCUGACAACAGAUCAGAUUAACACAAGUCCGUCGUUGUAUUGGAGAGUGGACUUUGUUACAUGUCACCAUGGCCCUGACGAGGCCCAUGAGGUGGAAACCACUUUGUGCCACGUCCCCAACGGACCUACCCCACUCGAGACAUACACAGAAGAUGAGCAGAGCCAUGAAAUGCUUGCUCUGGGGCUGGAAAGAGAUCGAGUUCCGCGUCCUAGU